UGAAGUGUUGAUAUGCAUCAUUCAGUCCCCAAAAUCUUAAUCACAUUUAUUUUCUCUGCGUUGAUGAUCUUGCGUUUCAAUUUCGGAGCUGAAGUUGACAUAUCUAUUUUACAUUAUGAUACAUAUAUUUGAUAUAUUGUAUGUGUAUUGUAGAUUGUAGCCAGCUCGGCUCCUCGCGCGCUGAUGCUCGCGUAGUCAUUUCGACGGUCGACGUGUAAUCGCGAGUUCCGAGAUGUCGCGUACGAGGACGGAGAAGAAUGGAAACGGAGCCAAGUACGAGGUUACCGUAUGGACACGUGCGAUUACCGCGAACUCCGAGUGGCCAGACAAGGAGGAAUUUCUCGAUGUAAUAUACUGGGCGAGACAGGCGAUCGGUAUUAUCGUUGGCAUAGGAUGGGGCCUUAUACCACUAAAAGGUUUUAUAGCUUUAUUGUUAUUUGUUGUAGUCAAUGCAGGAAUUACGUAUUUAUACUUUAGUAAUUUUCAACAAAUUGACGAGGAAGAGUACGGUGGUAUAUGGGAAUUGACGAAAGAAGGAUUCAUGACCUCAUUCGCUGGGUUUCUGGUGACUUGGAUUAUUAUAUAUUCAGGAUUGCAUUUUGACUGAUAUACUCAACAAGAUCACAGAUAAAGAGCAAUAGUUUUUUCAUAUGGAUCAUCGCUGCUGCCAAAUUCAUUAUACAUAUACAAUAGUUUCCUUCACAAUAGAUACUGUUAUAUAUUGACUUUUUUCAUAUACUGUUACAUAUUAUUACAUACAAAUAUGAUUUAUCUGUGUAUAAAGAAAAGAAAGACCUUCUUACCUUCUCAAACUA